CAAUCCCAUGGCGCGCGUAGUAUAGAAUCUCAACUUUCUUCUCUUUAAAAUAUAAAAUAAUCAUUGUAUAGAACCUGCUCUUAAAUAGAAAGUUCAAUCUGAACUUGCAGCAAACAGCGACAUCGGUGGACAACAAGAAAAGAAGGUGAGCCGAUGGUUCAAAGUCGAAACUAUUCCUGGGUGAAAAUAUGGAAUAUGAGAUGGUGCAACAAAGAGCUGGAUAUUUUUAACAAAUAAACUCAGAUUUUAAAAAAAGCAAAACAAUUUAUCCUCAAGGAGAGAUUCAAGAUGAUCAGCUCCAGGAAACGGAACCUGGAAGAAGUGAACACAGAAGAGACGAAAAAACUAAGAGAGGAUGCAGAUGCGGUAAUCCAGCAGAAGAAAUUUCAUGGCCUGAAAAAUCAAGGAGCCACAUGUUAUCUCAACAGCAUCAUGCAAGUUCUCUUCAUGACACCUGAGAUUCACGACAGGUUGGAUCCAGAAUCACAGAAAAUAGACCAAGAGCUGAGAAACAUCUUUGAACUACUAAAGAAAAGAACGUGUGGAACAGAAAAGAUAACAAAGACUUUGGAGAUCCAUAAUGUUUCUCAGCAGCGUGAUGCUGCCGACUGCCUGGAUCUGAUUUUAUGUAAGGUCAGCCCACGGGUCUCUGAGCUUUUUGAGGGUCAGCUGAUGUACACAACAAAAUGCUCCAAAGGCCACGUCAUCAAUGAAGAGACAAAUCCUUUCUGGACUCUUCCACUGUCUCUCAGAGACAACCCUGAUGAAACAUACAGCAUGGAAGGAGGAUUUGAAAAGAUUUUCCAAACCAAGUCAUACAGUGGAGACAACAUGGUGUACUGUGAAGAAUGUGAGAAGAAAACAGAGGCAACCAGUAGAUGUGAGAUGGUGAAGUUUCCUCACAUCUUGAUUCUACUCCUGAAGAGAUUUGACUUUGACUACUACACCAUGUCAGAUUUCAAGUCAGACUGCUGUGUCGCUGUGCCAUCUGAAAUGACAACAAAUGGCAAAAAGUACAAAGUGUAUGGGAUAGUGAAUCACAUGGGCAGUCUGAGAGGUGGACAUUACACAGCCACUGUGCUGUCCAGGGAGGACCACACCUGGUAUGACUGUGAUGACUGUAAUGUGACAAAGGCUGAAGAACAGCUGUUUGCAAAAACCAAGACAUACAGUUCCAGGACUGCAUAUCUGGUCAUGUACAGAGCCUCAGAGAGAGAGUCAGAGGAAUUGAAAGAACAACAGAGGACCAGGAGAAGAGUGGAAAAGGAUGAACCAAAGAAAAGAAGAAUGCAUGAAUACAUAAAGAAAUCUGGAGAAAAGAACAUCCACGAGGAUGCUCUGCAACCUGGCAAGAGUUCAGAGAUAAAGACGAAUACUUUUCUGAUUACUUUCAUCACUGGUUUUUUGGCCUUAAUUGUAAUACUUGCAAUGAUACUCACAGCUCUAAGCAGAAACUGAUGGAGGGGGAGAAGGUCACCAGAAUUUGUGGUUUUUGAAAAUUUCAGCUUGUAACAGAACCAGUUUUGUCAAGGGAGAAAUGAAAAUGAUAUGAAUGCAUUUCACAGACAACUAUGGUCGAUGUUAUGAAAGCAACUUUGUAGAAGCCAUUUAAAUAAUUGCAAAAUCAGUUGUUUGAAGUGUGAAGCUCAAAAAAGGUGCUGUGGUGAUGAUGAUGAUGUGGAUGAAUUUUAAUCACCAUGGAAGAAAUUCAGGCAUCAAAACUGUAUUUUUCACAUUGUCACUGUAAAUUCUAACGCACAAAAGCAGCCAUGACAUGCAAUGCUAAGAUUUCAUUAACGAUCAAAUAAUAACUUUUGUAUUCAUAAAGUUUUCCCCAAAAUUAUAAAAAAUAAUUUUCCAAAUAAAUAAAGGGUCUCACUCCAUAGUGAGUGAUAGUGACAGAACAAUAUCAAAUAUUUGUUUGAUGUGCAAUUUAAAGUUCACCCAGAAGGAGGCACUGAUCCAAAAAUGUAACUAGAAUGGUUAUGGAUAUGUAAUCUCUCAUUGUUAAUAUUUAGCAAUACUUUUUAAAAAUAUUAGAAUUACUUAUAUAUUUCUGGCUUUAAUAUUACAUAAUAGAAACUGUAAAAGUAUGUUUAUUACCUACUGUUGUUACCUGAAAACACAAAGACCAGCUAUAAGAGUGGUAUGCUGACAUAGCCUAUAGGCUACUUAUAAACACUGACAACCUUUCAACUGAUAUUCUGCACAUUGUCUUCCAAUUUCUGAAUCCUGUUGCAGACAAUAUUAAUUGCAGUGUCCUGCCUUAAUUUUUAGAGCUCACCAUCCAAACCAAUGUCCAACAGUCCAAAAGCAAAAUGUAGCUGAGUGUCAUGGUAGAGACUGAAGUGGUCCAGAGCUGCUGCUGUCAGAUGUUCUCUCAUCAUCAAACUCUGUUG